AUGAUUCUUGAUUAAGAAAAUCUUGUUAGAUUAUUCGGAAAAAGAAACGAAAAGAUCAAAAUGACUGGUCUUUCUAUUAAACAAUAUAUAACUAACAGUGUUAUUAAAACAGAAGUUAUACAGAAAUUUGAAUUUGAAGAAUCGAUCAUUGUUAUUUUCAAGGAUAAUCCUUAUAGAAAGAAAUUCAAAAUUCACCUUGGAGAAAAAUUUAUAAAAUCAAGGCUCGAAGAAAGAGCUAUCUUUGCAAAAUAGGAGAAUGUGGUUAUUAGCAAAGACAAGUUUUUCAUGAAAUACUAAGAUUAUAAAAUGAUUGAGUUGGAAAAAAUUCCAGAACCCAAGGGAGAAAAUCAAGAGAUAACUGUUAGCUUUACUGAAAUCGGGAGUGUUAUGCCUAAGUUUAGUUGCAUGUAUUUUAAUAUGAUUAAGAUCUUUUCAAAUGAGAUAAUUGAAGAUUUGCAGAGUUAUAAUUUGAACAUUUAUUUAAACAUGUCAUCUCAAAUUGAUUUUAUAAAAGUUUAUAGCAAAGCUGAUACAAAAAUAACUUUUUACAACCACAAAAAGAGCGCUUCAAUUGUACAGAUAAAUCUUAAGACUAUGGAAGAGUGUCUAUUAUAUUACAGGCAUCAAAAUAUUAAUAUCCCUUAAAUUUCAUUUGGGAAAGAAAAGGAUAGGCAAACUAUUAUCAUGAUUGACUACCUUCCUCCAUUCAAUCCUGAAAAAGACUAUAGGCAGUGCAUUAAAAAUAACCCUGAAGUAAAUAGCUUAGAAAAUUAAAAAGACAGUGAUCAUUCAAUGGAAAGUGUUGAAUUUUGCAUUGUCAUGGAUACAAGCUCUAGGAAUGGUCAAAGGAAAUACGACUGCAAUCAAAUGCAAUUUCUGUUAACUUAGACUCUAUAAAAGAUUUAAAACACGAUUCUACAGAAAAACAAUAACAACAAUAGCAGCGAAAGUAACAAUGAAGUUUAAAAUAAUAAAAAUAAGACAAAAUAAGUUAAUUAUAUUAAUUUUUCAUUUUUGGAUGAAUGUGGGUGGAAUCAACAGUACUUCAAAAUGAAAGAAAAUACUAUAGAAGAACUUUCAAUAAUAAAAAACGAAAUAAUGCCAAAAAUAGAAUGGAAGAACGAAGAAUCUGAUUUCAUUUCGUUUCUUGACAACUUUACUAUUGUUUAAAAUUCUAUGAAUAUACCUAAAGUCUUAUUUUUAAUUACUUAAUGCUAAUGGAUAAGCUUUGACGAGAGUGUAGAGCACCUCAGUCAGUUGAGAAAAUAAAUUAAUUAAAACCAACCCUAGAUAUAAAUUGGAUAAAACAAUCUUUCUGAUUCAAAAACAGCUACUGAUGAUUAAAUAUAAAAAAAGUAAGCAAAUAACCCAAUGAACAAUAUUUUAGAUGUAUUUAUUUUAUACCAUGGUGAAGAUAGCUAUGCAUAAGAAUAACUUAAAAAAGCUGUUUCCAGUCAAAGGUUCUUUACAAAAAAUAAUAUUGACACUCCAGAGUUUCCUUAACAAGAUUUGUUCUACCUAAAGAAACACUCUGAUUUUUACCUUGAAGCGAAUCGUGAAAAUAUCGAAUUUUCAACUAUACCGCUGUAAGUAAAAUAGUCUGAGUAAAAAAGCAAAAUACAAGUCAAAUAUAAUUAAAUAUUUUAGCAAUUUAUCUUCCUCGAGCUUGGAACAUCCGCUUUAAAAGGCAACCUAAAUUAUUUUGAUGGUAGGACUAGAUAAAUUUGCUAAAUUCCUAUAGAGUUCUCCAAAAAUAAAAAAAAAGAUAAAGCAGAUUCUUUCCUUGAAAGUGAUGAUAUUGCCAUGAUUGGCUUAAUCAAAUUAUUCUAAUCAGAUGAAUUAAUCGAGUAAAGAGAGCUAAUGAAAAAUAUGUCCAUACGAAAUCAUAUUCACUCCCCAAUUACAUAAGAAGUCUUCUGCAUUUAUGAUUCAUCUAAUGAAAAUUAUUCUAGUGACGCAAGUGUUAAAGAAAUCUCCUUCAAUCCUUCGUAGUUACAAACCCUAAAUUAAAAUAAUCACUCUAUCUCUUCAAGAAUGCCAUCAGUUAUAAAGUACGAAGCACCUAAAGCAGAUUUGUUUAAGCCACUAACUACUCAGACAAAUAGCUAAAGCUACACUUUAAACUAAAUUGAGUUAAAGUCAAAGCAAAUUAUAUCUGAACUGAUUCACAAAAAAUUAGAAAGAGAAAAAAAACUAAACGAAAAGAAUAAAAAAUAUCUUGACUUUAAUCUAUCAGCCGAAUAGUAUAAAACGUUAGCUAUGAAGAAAGUGAAGACUAUUGUUGAUACUUAAGAACUAUCAGGAUGCUGGAAAUACAAUGAGAGUUUAUUGUUCCUAUUAAAAUACUCCAAAGAAGAUUUCUUUACCCUAAAGAGAAGAAUUUCUCAUAGAUCUGAGCCUCACAUUGACUCAUUAAUAAUGACCUCUAUCAUUUUAAUUGAACUUAAAAUGAGAUUUUCAGAGUACUUCAAAUACUGGGAAUCUUGUUAAAUUAAAUCCACAAAUUGGAUUGACGAAAACUUUCCUAAUCAAAUAUAUAUCAAAGCUUUCAGAAUUGCAAGAGAAUUACAUGACUCAAAAGCAAACAAAAAAAGUUGA